AUGUUAACCGGGGGUGCGCCGUCUCCGGAACGCAGGCCGUUGUUGGCCUCCGACGACCAGUCUCCCGGUCGCCGGGACGAGCGCGACAACGAGAAUGCCGCUCCCAGGUCACGAUGGCGCGAACUUGCGCUCUUCACCUGGGCUCUUGUGGCUACCGCCGUCGUGAUCGUUCUGGCCGUGGUGAUCCAGCACAGUAACUCCACCCAACACUUAUCGACUUCGCCGGCAGCGGUCUCUGACUCCUCGGUAGCCGACGGCAAGAAGUCCGGUUCAUCGCCUUCCGGUGGCAAGCGCAACUUGGUCUUCAUGGUGUCCGAUGGCAUGGGGCCCGCCUCGCUCUCUCUUACGCGCUCGUUCCGCCAGCUCACCCAGGACUUGCCUAUCGACGAUACCCUCACCCUCGACCGUCACUUCUGGGGUACCUCCCGCACGCGCUCGAGCAACAGCUUGGUGACCGACUCCGCUGCCGGCGCUACGGCCUUCUCGUGCGGCCUCAAGAGCUACAAUGGCGCUAUUUCGAUGCUCCCCGAUCACAAGCCCUGCGGUACCGUUCUCGAGGCUGCCAAGCGCGCUGGAUACCACACUGGCUUGGUGGUGACUACCGAUAUCACGGACGCCACUCCUGCUUGCUUCGCUGCUCACGUCUUCCAUCGCAUGCAGGGCGAUGAGAUUGCGCUGCACGAGGUUGGCCAUGGUCCUCUUGGUCGCGUUGUUGAUCUCAUGUUGGGCGGCGGCAGAUGCCACUUCUUGCCUAAGGGCACCCCGGGCAGCUGCAGACAGGAUGAUAUCGACGUUACCAAGCUCGCUCAGGAGAAGUACGGAUGGAACUAUGUUGAUAACCGCGCCGGUUUCGAUUCCCUUGGACUGGGCAAGAACGUUUCUUUGCCUCAGUUGGGUCUGUUUGCGACUACGGACGUUCCCUUCGAGAUCGACCGCCGCAACAUGGCGGAUGUGUACCCCAGUCUGAGCGAGAUGGCUGCGACGGCGCUUGCGGCGCUUGAGGAGGCUACCAAGGACAGCGACAAGGGUUUCUUCCUCAUGAUUGAGGGCAGCAGAAUUGACCAUGCCGGUCACAUCAAUGACCCUGCUGCUCAGGUCCGUGAGGUACUUGAGUACGACAAGACCUUCAAGUCUGUUCUUGACUUCAUCGAGAAGUCGGACACUGAGACCAUCUUGGUUGCCACGAGCGAUCAUGAGACUGGUGGUCUGUCCACUGCUUGGCAGGCACCCAGCGAACUCCCCGUCUACAACUGGCACCCCACCAUCCUUGCUCGCGCCAACGCGUCAUCCGAGUACCUCACCGCCCUCCUCAUCAAGCAUAUUGCCGAGACCGGCGACAAGGAAGACUCGCUUCUCCGCUGGAUCAACGACGAGCUGGUCGUCAAGCACCUCAACAUCCACGACGCCUCCGAGGUGGAGCUGAACUCGAUCGCCAGCAACCCGUUGCUGGCCGUCCAGCUCUUCGCCCGCCUGGUCAGCGUCCGCGCCCGCGUCGGCUGGAGCACCCACGGCCACAGCGCCGUGGACGUGAACAUCUACAGCUCUGGCGGCCGCGGCACCGAGAAGAUCAGGGGUAACGUGGAGAACACGGAUGUGGGUAAGUUCCUGAGGGGAUGGCUCGAUUUGGAUAACGAGGUGGAGGAUAUAACCAAGGAGCUGGUCAAGAAGUUGGGCAGCAAGGCUCCCUCGCAGCAGCAGUUUGAGAAGAUUGAGAAGGCAUCGACUGCUUUUGAGGCUGACGGACUUGCGAGUGGCGGGUUUGAGUCGGGGCUUUAUGGUCAUUUGUUGUGA